UUUUUGUACUCCUUGCAACUUUUUUUUUCUUGUGGUAAAAACCGCUUCUUUGAAAGUUAUGUAUAAAUCUUUGUUGUUGGUUUAUUUUCUUAAGAUGGAUCUAGAAAGGAAUUACUAGUUCAGAAAACGUGUGGCCAUGGUUAAGGAUCCUAAUUUCAUCUUGUCAAACCGCACCCCGGAAAGGCUGCGCUGAUACACUGUCCCCAGCAGGGACUUGGACCCCACCACAGAGUCAUGGGUCUCCCACAAAGCCCCAGCUUCUGCUUCUGCUUGGGCUCUGCCCUGUUACUUGUAAGAGGCGAACUCUGCUUUAUUUGUUGAAACGUGUCCAGUGUUUAUCCGGACCUUUUAUCGAGCCCGUACAUCUGGGUAGAGGCUUGUACCCGGAGGGGAUGGCAGCUGCGGCUCCUGCUCCAAAAACCACCUGGCCUCUCGGUCCCUCCCCACUUCUCUGUUGCCCAGAAGGCAGCCGGGUCCCCCUGGCAUCAAGGUGUCUGUUUGGAUAGUUGCAAAGAUGCCACCCGCAGAGGAGGGGGCAAGAUAAAGAUUCAAUUUCCUGCACAAGGGCCUUUUGUCCUCCCAGAAGCUUCUCCCCUCAGGGGACAGAUUUUUCGGUCCAUUAGUGGGCCCAGCAGUGGCUCUGCCAGCAGGCUUGAUCAUCCACACACCCGGGGAGGCGGGGAGUGAGGGGGGGGGGAGCGGUCAGUGUGGUUCCCGGAGCCCACCUGUGUCCUCCCUCUUCCUGGCCUGGCCACCCCACCCCCGACCCCAGGCGUGGCCCCAAGGUCCUGUCUGGAGUGGAUUGCGGAGCCCGGGGCCAACUGGCUGCUUCCUUGCUGUGCUCCCGCCCUGGCGGCCCGGGGCGAAGAAGCACUGAGCGGUUCAUUGUAUGCCCCGCGGGCGGGCAGCGCGGAGCAGCGCCACCAGCAGCGCAGGGCUGGGUGUGUGAUCCAGGAAGCCCUCCAGAGUCAGCAGGCUGAGGAACCUCCAGGUACUUCCCAUGGAUUUGUGAUCAACACAAGCAACUCUCCCAGCUCUGGACAGCCGCCCUAACCAGAGGCAUGCGGCUGCCCCGCUUCUCCAGCUUCUCCAGCGCUGUAGUGCUUUCACUCUUGAUAGCACAGACCUGCAUCCUGGUCUUCCUGGUCUCCCGGCAAACGCCUCGGUCCCCAGCGGGCAGCAGGGAGCAUGUGCACGUGCUGGUGCUGUCCUCGUGGCGCUCGGGCUCGUCUUUUGUGGGCCAGCUCUUCAGCCAGCACCCAGAUGUCUUCUACCUGAUGGAGCCGGCUUGGCACGUGUGGGAUGCCCUGUCGCAGGGCAGCGCCCCCGCGCUCCACAUGGCCGUGCGCGAUCUGGUCCGUUCAGUGUUCCUAUGCGACAUGGACGUGUUUGAUGCCUACCUGCCCUGGCGCCGCAACAUCUCGGAUCUCUUCCAGUGGGCGGUGAGCCGCGCGUUGUGCUCGCCUCCGGUCUGCAACGCCUUUGCUCGCGGCCACAUCAGCAGCGAGGAGGUAUGCAAGUCUCUGUGUGCAACGCGGCCCUUCGGCCUGGCCCAGGAAGCCUGCAGCUCUUACAGCCACAUAGUGCUCAAGGAGGUGCGCUUCUUUAACCUGCAGGUCCUCUACCCGCUGCUCAGUGACCCCUUGCUCAACCUACGCAUCGUGCACCUGGUGCGCGACCCGCGGGCGGUGCUGCGCUCCCGAGAGCAGACUGCCAAGGCGCUGGCACGGGACAGCGGCAUCGUCUUGGGUACUAACGGCACGUGGGUAGAGGCGGACCCCGGGCUGCGCGUGGUCAGUGAGGUGUGCCGCAGUCACGUGAGCAUCGCAGAGGCCGCCUUGCACAAGCCACCGCCCUUCCUGCAAGAUCGCUACCGCCUGGUGCGCUAUGAGGAUCUGGCCCGGGACCCGCUCACUGAGAUCCGUGAGCUCUAUGCCUUCACCGGCCUGGGCCUCACGCCGCAGCUCCAGACUUGGAUCCACAACAUCACACACGGCUCAGGGCCAGGCGCACGCCGUGAGGCCUUCAAGACCUCAUCCAGGGAUGCGCUCGUUGUGUCCCAGGCCUGGCGUCACGCGCUGCCCUUUGCCAAGAUUCGGCGGGUCCAGGAACUGUGUGCCGGCGCACUGCAGCUGCUGGGUUACCGACCUGUGUACUCCGAGCUUGAGCAGCGGGACCUCUCUCUGGACCUCCUGCUGCCGAGAGGCAUGGACAGUUUCAAGUGGGCUUCUUCCACUGAUGCGCAGUCAGAAUCUUAAGAGUUGUAGUGGAUGGGGUUGGAGAGAUGGCUCAGAGGUUAAGAGCAUAGACUGUUCUUCCAGAGGUCCUGAGUUCAAUUUCCA